CUCAUACUUGUCAAAAAGUUGGGUUGUUUGGUGUAUUGUUGUAUUUCAGUUUUCUUUAGACGAAAGAUACAUUCACAACUUACAAAAUGAUGCUUAAGGAGUAUCGGAUAUGCAUGCCUUUAACAGUAGAAGAGUACAAAGUAGGUCAGCUGUAUAUGAUAGCAAAGCACAGCGAUGAACAGUCGUCGAAAGGGGAAGGUGUUGAGGUUGUGAAGAACGAACCAUGUCACCAUGAGGUCCACGGAGAUGGUCAGUUCACAGAGAAACGCAUUUACAUAUCAAAUCGUUUACCUGGAUGGAUACAGACAAUGCUCUCAAGGAUUUGCAGUUUCUUCUACGUCACAGAAAAAGCUUGGAAUUACUACCCUCAUACAUUUACAGAAUAUACAUGUUCCUUUGUGCCAAAGUUCAGUAUAGAAAUUGAGACAAAAUAUGAAAAUAAUAGUGGAACAACAGAAAAUUGUUUGGGUUAUUCAGAGGAAGAUCUACAACAACGCGAGGUGAUGGCUCUAGAUAUAGCAUUUGAUGAGGUAUCAGAGAAGCAUUACAAAGAAAGUGAGGACCCAACUAAAUUUCAAUCCACCAAAACACAGAGAGGUCUUCUUCAACCUGGAUGGAGGGAAAAGACAAAACCAAUAAUGUGUUCAUACAAAGGGACUAAAGUACGCUUUGAUGUGUGGGGACUAAGAUCAAGGGUUGAAGAUUUCGUUCACAGGUCGAUUCAGGAAAUCCUAUUACUGGGUCAUCGGCAGGCGUUUACUUGGAUAGAUGAAUGGAUUGAUUUAACAAUCGAUGAUGUACGAGAUUUUGAGAAAAUACAACAAGCCAAAACAAAUCAGAAAGUCAGUUCAGGCUUACAAGGAAGUGAUGGAAUGACAGAGUCAGGAACAGAGAAACCUGUCAAUGAUACCAUGGAUCCUGCCAUCAUGUCUGCUACCAGUCAAGAGGUUGAAAAAGUGGAUUCAUGAAAAGACAUUAAAAGAGAUAACAGAGAGUGAAAAUGGCUUUUAAAAAUUUGUGUAGAAUGACCUGGAUAGAUAGGUAGUGGAAAUUUUAAAAAUUUUUGUUAGUUCUUUCAUUACCUGUGUAUAUAGAUUAUCUCUUGAUAAUGGAAAAUGAGUACCACUGAUUUACAGUAUUGUUUGAAUAACACUUAAUAUUGUUUUGGAGUAUACUUAAAGAAAUGUUCAUACACCUGUAUAUUGUUUGAGUAAAACCUACAUUUUGUCAGAGUACAACUUAAGCAUUGCUUGAGUAUCACUUAAAUAUUACUUGAGUACCAUUCAAGUAUUGUUUAAAGCGCUGUCCAGACAAUCAAAUUUUAUUUGACAAAAAAAAAUCAUGUGACAUGCCUAAAUAUAGUCAUGAUGACAUCACAUCAUGACCAUAUAUAGGCACAUCAUGACUAUAUAUGAGUAGUUUUUUUUUUUUUGUCAAAUAAAAUUUGUUGAUCUGGACAGAGCUUAUGUACAGCCUAAAUACAACCUGAGUAACACUUAAAUACAACUUAUUCUGCUAAAUGGUUCUCUAGUAUUGUUGAAAUAGCAUAACUUGUGUACCACUUUAAGUACAGCUUAUUUGAUUAAAUGGUAAUGUAAAAAGUAUAUAUUUAGGUUGACUGUGAGUUUUAGAUUCUGUACUUGCCAUGAUUUUAUUAAGGAUUUCCAUCAAAUUAUAUUUUCUGUUUAUAAUUGUUUAAUUUUAUAAUUAUGAUGACACUGUAUUAUUUUGAUUUUUAGAACUCUGAAUAAAUGAUAAUAAUAAGCCUUCCCAACAGGGAGAGGCUCUGGAGAGACUAAUGCUGUGCUCUUAUUCUUCUUCUUGCCAUUUUGGGGGAAGAAGGGGCAUGGUAGCAGUGUAAUUAAUUAUACUGUAUAUUAAUUCCAUAAUAGCAAUAUUAGAGGUAAAUUAUGCUUUCUUUUUUUUAGGCUAUGUUUGUAACAUGUUGCAUAAAAAUGUUAAUUCUUCUUAUAAACACCUAUAUAAUAUUAUUUAUUUCUUAUAAUAUAUUUGUUGACAAAUUACACCUAAUAUCCUGGUUUUUAUUUUUAAUAUAUAAGCAAAAAUUAUUCAUAAGAUGAACAGCCAGAUGUAUUAUAAACUCAAAAAUUUUCUAAUGCAACAAAGUCUAUAAAUAUGUAUAUAAUAAAACCUAUGUGUAAAUUAGAAAGUUUAUUGAAGUAAAUUUGUGUUGAAAAAUGUAAGGAUUAAUGAUUAAUUUAGAUCAUGACUAUUUAACAUUUUUAAUGAAUAAUUUGUAAUUAAUAACUAUGUUUAUUGGUUACUUAUUAUGUGAGCUGUCGUGACAAAAUGACUCUUGUAGUAUGCCAGGCCAAUUUGAUAUAUUCAAGAAAAUAUAUUUUAUUUUGUUUGUUAAAUUUUCCCCUUUUUUUGUUUUUGUUUGUACGAACGCACCAAUUGAUAUUGAGUGUCACCGAUUCAAAGGUGUAUGUUCAAAUUAAUAAAGUAUAAAGUAUCUGAAGCGAUAUUUUGACAAAAAUUGGGUUUCAAUUUUUCUGAUAAGUUUAAUAUGUAUAUUCCAUAGUAGAAAAACUUCCAAGUUGAGUUACCUAAUGUAAUCAUGUUUUUGAAGCACAUUUUGUAAAGCUAUUUUUUAAAAUUAAUAGGAAAAUCAACACAAAAUUCAUCAGUCGUUUAUCUUUAGAGGCAAUUUUCUCUUAAGUAUGUUUUGAAUGAUC